UCAUUUCUGUCGGCUUUCUCACGAAUGCCAUGCAAGACUACCUCCCUGACCUUAUAUAAGACUCCAGAUACAGUUCAUCUGGAGACACAACAAGAAAGAACAAGAGGAAUUCUAAAACAAAUGAAGAUCCAUAAAUUUACAUGUUUCAUUCUUCCUCUCAUCCUUUUCAUUACCAUCGGUCAUUCUCAUGCAAAACAAACACAACCCAUCUCAGAAACCCUCACAAUUGACCAUUUCCUCAACAAAAUUUAUGAAUAUGGGAAUACUCAGCAAACAAAAUUCCAAGAAACCCAACUAAAAUUCGCAUCUCCUAUGGUUAUAGCUGGUGUUCUUUCCUUCAUAGCUUCCUCUAUAUCUAGUGCAGGCGGGAUUGGUGGUGGUGGGCUUUUCAUACCAAUUUUAACUAUUGUGGCAGGCCUAGACCUCAAGACAGCCUCAAGUUUCUCAGCUUUUAUGGUCACAGGUGGGUCAAUUGCAAAUGUUAUGUGCAACCUGUGCACCACUAGACCCAAGUUUGGUGGCAAAACUUUGAUUGACUUUGAUAUAGCACUUUUAUCAGAGCCAUGUAUGUUGUUAGGAGUUAGUAUAGGAGUUAUUUGCAACCUUGUCUUUCCAGAAUGGCUUAUUACCAUCCUGUUUGCUACUUUUCUUGCUUGGACUACCUCAAAGACUUGUAAAAAUGGUUUGUCGCAUUGGAAAAUGGAAUCUGAAGAGCUAAGGAGAAAUCGUGGUGAAAAUUUGGAAAAUGGGUCGGUUGAAGAUGGGACUUCUGAUAGUACUAAAGAACCUCUUUUGGGUAUGAAAGAAGAUGGCAAGUCGAGGCUUCCAUGGACGAAAAUUGGGAUCUUAGUUUUGGUCUGGUUUUCCUUCCUCAUUCUUUAUCUUCUUCGUGGCAAUCGGUAUGGACAGGGUAUAAUACAAAUAGAGCCUUGUGGAGUGCUUUACUGGGUUAUCUCAUCAUUGCAAAUACCCUUAGCUUUGAUUUUCACAGCAUGGAUCCUAUGCAAGAAGGAAAGCAAUCAACAUCAGACUUCUAACGACAAGGAGGAAGAUCUUAUUAGAGAUGGACCAUCAAACAAGAUGAUUUUCCCUUUAAUGGCAUCAUUAGCGGGAAUGUUGGGUGGCGUCUUUGGAAUUGGAGGUGGAAUGCUUAUAAGCCCACUUCUUCUUCAAGUUGGGAUAACGCCAGAGGUAACAGCAGCAACUUGUUCUUUCAUGGUGUUCUUCUCAGCUACAAUGUCGUCAUUUCAGUAUGUAUUGUUGGGCAUGGAACAGACAGACAUUGCCCUCAUCUUGGCCAUAGUCUGUUUUGUUGCAUCACUUCUUGGAUUGGUAGUGGUGCAGAGAGCAAUUCAAGAAUAUGGAAGGGCAUCUCUCAUUGUAUUCUCAGUAAGCAUUGUGAUGGCUUUGAGUACCGUCCUAAUGACUAGUUUUGGGGCACUCGACGUUUGGAGGGACUAUAUAUCUGGGAAAUACAUGGGGUUCAAAUUGCCCUGUUAAGAAUAAAUUUUGUAAAUAGGUUCCUAUAAUAAGACCUCAGUUUAUGGGAGGGAAACUCUCAUUGUAUUCUAAGUCAGCAUUGUGAUGGCUUUGAGUACCGUCCUAAUGACUAGCUUUGGAGCACUCGAUGUUUGGAGGGACUGUGUCUGGGAAAUACAUGGGAUUCAAAUCGCCCUGUUAAGAAUAACUUUUGUAAAUAGUUUCCUAUGAUAUGUUCUCAGUUGAGGGUAGUACGAUAUGCGUAGGAAUGUGUUUUCAAAUGUAACGCGGCGAGUACUAAUGAAACAAAUUGCAGUGAGAAAUAAGAGAACUACUAAAUACAUGAUCAUGUAUUUUGUGUCAGGCUUUCAAUUC